GAAUGACAAGCAUGGCGCGUCUCGUAACGGUGGCCGUGACAGUAACCCUCCUGCAGGCGACGCCCCUCGCGGCUUCCAACCCGUUCCAGCACGCCUUCGGGUCUCUCCACAGGGCCUUCAACCCCGUCCAGAGAGCCCUCGACAGACCCCUCUCCAAUGUGGGCGACUUCCACAAUGAUCUGUCGGGGGAGCAUGUGUUCGGCUCUCCCCCCUCGACGACGGGGAUGUCCAUCAACGCCCUCUUUGGGAAACUGGGGGGCGUGGGCGAGGGCGAGAAGGCGCCUCCCCCGACCGCAAGCACAGCGGUCCCUGCGAGGAAGGACGCCCAGCGCGUGAACUUCAACAUCGACACCUUCACCUUCAACCAGCACAACACGCGCAGGGUGGACGACAUCUUCAGUCUGCUGGCCGACAUCGAGGACGACCCACGCCCCGCGACGCCCUCGGAGGAACCCCUGAAGGCAGCGAAGGACGACGCGAGAACCGAGGCCCCGCAGCCCGUGGACGAGACGGACGACCUGGCCGUGACCAACGCCAUCGGCAAGGGCGUCCUCCAGGCGGCCAAGAACAUGGAGGGCGUCCUCAAGGUCAUCAACAGAAUGAGAGCCAGGGUCGAGGACAAGAGCAACUCCUCCCUGGCGGAGUUGUCGGCCUCCAACUCCUCCGCCUCUGUGGUCGACGUCCUCCUCGAUGUCCCGACGCUGGAGGGCAUCAGGACGGCGGGACUCACGGCCAAGUCGGAGGCGGAGUUCCUCGACCACCUGACCUCCGUCCUGCUCGGGGCCGAGGACAGGCAGCAGUCCGCCCUCACACUCGACCCGGUGACCAUCAUUGCGCUCCUCACCCUGGCGGCCUACCUGAUCCGCGCCGUGUACCAGAUCCUCACCGUAACCGGACGAUCGCUCGACGUUUCGGACUUCGGUCUCCCGCUCAGCCUCUCGGACCUCCCGGACGCCAUGGUCAACAUUCAUAACUGGAUUUCCUCAUCGAAGUUCGAUAUGCCGAGCCAAAGCAGGACGUACAACGACCACGCCCCCGCCCUCGAGAUCCCGGGGAAGGUCGCCGCUAUUAUGAAGCUGCAGCGAGAGGGUCACUACUCCUGCGUCGGCCAGUUCCUCUGUCAGCAGCUGCAGGAGACACCGCUGCCUGCGCCCACGAUCUCGGAUUUGUUCGUCGCGAGCCUCGGGUAUUUCUACGGCCAGAAGGACCUCGCUUUCUACAUCGACAACGGCCUCUCGAGACAAGGCUCCUGCGACGCCGCCUCCUCCAGGUGUUCAUCCUCCACGCUGUCGGAAGCUCACACCGUGCACAGUAUUUUCACCGACGCUGUUCACAAGUUCUUUGAUUUGUGGGCGACUGUGCACGGAAGGUUGUAGGGUCGUUUUUGCUGUUGUUGUUUUUGUUGUUGUGUUUUGGUGUGAUCUUUUUUUUCUUGUUUUAUUUUUUUUAUUUUUUUGUGUGUGUAUUUUUGUUGCUGUUUUGUGUUUGUGUGUUUUGCUAUGAUUUUUUUUUUUUUUGGUGUUUAUAUUUUGUUGUGUGUUUUGGUGUGAUGUGUUUUUAUUUGUUUUUAUUUUGAGUAUUUAUUAUGUUGAGUUUUAGAGUUUGCGUUUAUUUAUUCUAAUGAGGAGAGUGAAUGUUAAAUUAUUAUAGUCUAGAAAGGGCAUUUGAUAAGCAAUAAGCCACUGGUUGACUUAAUAUAUAGAAUAUAUGAAUACGCAAGAUUGAAGUUGAAAUGAGGAAAAGGCAUAGAGAAAUUAAUAAAUAAACAUAGUAUUCUUUAAAUUACUUUUUUUUUCAUUUGGGUCGGCCGCCAUAAUUGAAAGUUGUUCAGCGAUAAAAAAUGUUUGGAUCACAACGUCAUAGGCGUGACCCCGCCAUCUAUUGAGUGUAAGAGCAAUUAAAAUGUUAUGUUAGGCAGGAAUUUAUAUGAAAAGUUACGUUUCCUUAUUUCCUUUUCCUUGCGUUGAGAAUAUGCCAGUUUCAAAAUUGAGAUUUCCGUCGUGUUUUCCAAAUACAUAUUUUUUGGGCAUUAUUACAGUAUGAUUUGUGUGUAUAUAUCGUGCUAACAGGUAUGCUUUAAUACAUGUAUAGACAGUAAGCAUACAUAUAUUAUUGUUUAUGUUUAUGUUUAAGGAAUUUCAUAAUAAAGACUUUAGCAACU